AUGGGAACUUUAGCUGACAUUUGCAUCUCCGAUUACGCGUCAUGGUCUUGUAAUGAAGUGGUUCCGUUAGACGAUUCUUGGUCAAUUUAUUCGAAGAAAUCCUACUCAGUCAUUGAGGUAAAUAUAAGUUACGUUACAAUAAAACGGCCGCACUGCCGCACCGAGAAAGAAGUCGUCGCCGCAGCCACAGAUGGUGGGACAACAUCCAACAGAAACGCCCAUCGAGUCGUCCUCUGUGAUGAAAAGGACAUGGUCCUCCAGCUAUUGAAAAAAGAAGGAGUUGGAGCUGAAGAUCAUCUUGUAAUACGUAAGCUCCAUACGGAUGGGCAGUAUCAUAUACAUGCUCUUUUGGUGUCUGCACGAGAGAUCGAUAUGUCGGACCAACAGUCAGCUCCACACCAUCCGCCAUCGUCAAGUCGCCCCGACGAAAAAGCGAGAAUACAUAGUCACGGUCAGGUGGAGGGAUCGGUUGCGACCCGCGACCAUGAAUGGUUGCAACCCGCGGCCACCCAAAUAUAA